AAGGUGGAGCAGAAAAGAAACACACAUCAUCUGUUUGGGUCGCGAGAGUUGGCUGCUGCUCUUGACACGCACAAACCCAGACCGAGCCUGGCCCGCAGCUCAUCUUCACCGAGACCUACUUAGCAGCGUGACCUCCGCAGGUCAGCUAGCGAAAAGUUAUAGGCCAUUUUGGUUCGGCCCUGGACCAGGUCACCUGCGACAGGUCGCGGGAUCAACAACCGCUGGACGCCUACAAUGCCGCUGGUUAUAAUGGUCUAAGAGCAGACGGCAAAAUGAUGGUGCGCGGAGGGCGCCGAGUGGUCCUCUACCUGUCCCUGAUUGCCAUCGGCAUCCUCGUCAUCUACAACCUGGUGCUGCAGACAUGCUCCUCCCCCAAGAAUGUGAUGGUCCCCAAAACUCAAUUUGUGGAGGGGCAGGACAAGAAAAAGUACGAGUACCACAGAGGGAUGCCUCUGAUUUUCAUAGGAGGAGUGCCACGCUCAGGGACGACCCUCAUGAGGGCCAUGCUGGACGCUCACCCUGAAAUCAGAUGCGGUCAGGAGACGAGAGUUAUACCAAGAAUUCUGCAAAUGAGAAAUCAUUGGCUGAGGUCCCAAAAAGAAAGUCUGCGCCUGGAAGAGGCAGGUCUUUCCAAAUCGGUGCUGGAUUCGGCCAUUGCAGCUUUUAGUCUAGAGAUUAUUGCCAAGCAUGGAGAACCGGCACCACGACUGUGCAACAAAGACCCUUUAACUCUAAAAAGCGCUGUCUACCUUUCCGAGCUGUUUCCCAAUGCUAAAUUCAUCUACAUGGUUCGAGACGGAAGAGCCACAGUUAACUCAAUUAUUAGUAGAAAGGUGACAAUCACAGGGUUUGAUCUGACCAAUCCUCGCCAGUGUUUAGAAAAGUGGAAUGCCGCUGCGCAGACUAUGCACAACCAAUGCAAGGAGGUCGGCUCGGACCGUUGUCUGCCUGUUCCAUACGAACAGCUAGUUUUGCACCCCAAAGUGUGGCUGCAGAAAAUUUUGAAGUUCUUGGACGCUCCAUGGAAUGACGCUGUUCUGCACCACGAAGAGGCCAUAGACAAACCUGGUGGUGUGCAGUUGUCAAAAGUGGAACGUUCAUCAGACCAGGUAAUCAAACCUGUGAAUUUGGAGGCUUUAACCAAGUGGGUUGGCUCGUUUCCGGACGACGUGGUCCGAGACAUGCCCAACAUUGCUCCGAUGCUGGCCGUUUUGGGCUACGAUCCAAAGGACAACUCGCCAAAGUACGGCUCACCCGACGCCAUUGUUGUGGAAAACACAAAUGAUAUAAAAAAGAACAAAAACGAGUGGAACAAGCGUAUUGAAGAGACUCUGGGCAAAACUGCUGAGGGCGCGCCGGCUGAGACAGAGAGCUAAAAUUAAAAGGGAAUUUAUAUUUAUCAUCUCAAGGAGACUCAACAUUUAUUAAGUGCCACAUUGUGAUCACAGUUUUACAGACAAUUAGGAUUUUACAAAAAUAUACAAUGUUUGAAAUAAUUAAAAUUGAUAACUGUUGGCCAGUUUUGUUUAAAACUGCUAAUGAAAGACACUUUACACAGUACUUAUUACUUCGCAAGUUAUGUAAAAAUCUGAGGCCGUUUUUAAUGAGAUUCAUUCUGAAACAUCAUUCUAAUUUUGAUAAAUAUUAUUUAAAUUUACGCAUUUUAUGCUGUUGAUGUUGUUAGAAAUCGUUUUAUUGUGUGUAAGUUUGUUCACGAGUGAAAUGCACAACCUGAUCUGUAUUUUGUAAUUUAUUUAUCUAACUUCUAAAAAAAAAAACGUGCAAAUGUAUGCAUAACCUUUGCUAGUUGCAAAUGACAUCCUCCAGAGGUUUCAGUUUUAGUGGUAUUUGAUGUUAAAUAGGGUGUCUCUCUUUCUUGGCAUCAAAAUGCUGACAGCCAAAGAGAUAUAUUUCCACUUCAUCAAUGGGAUCAAAGCACUAUUUUACUCACAGAACUUGAAUACAGGCGUGUAUUUAUUCCCCAGGGUAUAUGUAUUUUUUCCACUUACAAGUAGCAUUUGGCAGAAAAAUUACUACUGAUUUGUCACAUGUUGUGUGAAUGUGAAAAUAAAACUUGUCAAGCUGAACUACAAGGACCAU